CUGUCUUGACCACGGUCUUGACUCUUUUCAAAUGACAGUAAACGAAAAUGGAAAAAAUACAAUACGAUGGCUGUUGUACAAAAUUUUAAUAAAUUAAUUAAGGGCGAAGAAGAAUUGAAUGGCAACAUGCUGCCUUCGGUGUUAUCCAGUUCAAAUAUCUCGUAUUCGAGAAUGUCGGCGGACAGCGACGAUUUUGAUAUACAACAGGAGCUAAGAAACAUUGAAAAUGUAAUCAGCUUAACCCGUGCAAAUAUCGACGCAUUAAAUGCGAAAUUCGCCGACUUUCAACAUCCUCCUGCAAUGUACUUGAAGGAAUACGACGAUUUAACAUCAAAGUUGCACCAAUUGGAAGCGGAAGAAAGGAGGUUACACGAACAGUUGCGAAAUGGCCAGGAGAGUCCCGAAUUGAGCCAUUAUGAAACUUAUACUCCACCACAAUGCGAUACAUUAACACGGCCUAAAACUUUUUUAAGAGCUCAUUUACCCAACCAGCAACGUACUAGCGUGCAAGUGCGUCAAGGUCUUACGUUGCGGGAAGCCUUAGCUAAAGCAAUGAAACUUCGGAAUCUUUUUUGUGAAAUGUGCUGUGUAUACUUAGGAAAUAGUACUUUUGUGGUGAAUUGGGAUGUGGAUAUUAGUACAUUAGAUUGUGAAGAAAUUACCGUUAAAAUAUUAGAUAAAUUUCCAAUACCGACAAGUAUUUCUCAUAAUUUUGUGCGGAAAACAUUUUUUUCUUUAGUAUUUUGUGAAUGUUGCCGGAGACUUUUGUUUCAAGGGUUUCAUUGUCGAACUUGUGGAUAUAAGUUUCAUCAACGUUGUGCAAAUGGAGUUCCUUCAUUAUGCCACCAAGU